CGAUCUUGAACAGAAGACGAAGAAAGAAAUCAAAAGGAGCAAAUACGACAAGUGAACAGAAGGGUGCUGCCACUGCUACUCCUCUCUGCAGGCUUCUCCUCACAGAACUCAAAGCGAUUGGACGGCGGCAGAGCCAAUAAGCAGGGGAGCAGCAGGUUAUUUGAACUCUCCUCACAGAGCUCGACUAAACCAGACAACAUCCUCUGACUUUUCAAACAUUAUUCUCUCAUAAGCCUCAUCAUCUCCUCUCCUCUCAAGUCACAUUUCCCACGGGCUUUUUAAAAAGUCUACACCAAGGAUGGGAACCUCCGGCUUCUGUUUACAUCUGGAAGAUUACUGAUGCACCUGUUGACCGAGGAAAACUCUCCCUGCGAAAGAAUGAACAAAGUGGCCGCGAUGAAGUCUGACGUGCUGCUUCAUUUGGAGGACAGCAGAGGAGCAGGGGAGAGGAGCAGGUUCAACUGUGAAGACUUACCUCAGAGCAGUUUACCAGAUGGACAGAACACAGACCUGAUGCAAUACCAGGACAACACUAAAAACAGCGCGACUGUCAAGUACAGACGAUACGGGUCUCGUCUCGGUGGGGUCAAAGUUCGCCACAAGAGACAGGUGCUGCAGGACAUGGCCCGACCACUCAAACACUGGCUUUACAAACACAGAGACAAUCCUUAUCCCACCAAGACUGAGAAGGUCCUGCUGGCUCUGGGGUCACAUAUGACACUCGUGCAGGUUUCCAACUGGUUUGCCAAUGCCCGACGAAGGCUGAAAAACACAGUGAGACAGCCUGAUCUGAGUUGGGCUCUCAGGAUCAAACUUUAUAAUAAAUACAUCCAGGGAAACGCUGAAAGGCUGAGUGUAUGCAGUGAUGACACUGGCUCAGAUGAUGAAGAAUGUCCCUUACAAACUCCUGUCAGCCAGUCACACUUUGGCAGGACAUCCUCUCACAAAGGUGUACUCCAGAAACAGGGCAGCGUCCUCGCCAUGGCGGACUCCGCAAACAGCGAUGACAGCACGUCACCGCCAUCCAAAUACAAGAGCAGUUUACUGAAUCGGUACCUUAACGACACCCUGCGGCACAUGAUGGCAGCUGAGGCUGACGGCGUCACCUCAUCCCUAAAGAGGAGGAGUCACUCCGAGUCGUUCAGCUCCAACGAAUGCGAUCGAGACGCCGCGUCUCCGGCAUCGUCCUGUGAAACAGAGGCAAAUUUUGUCUACCACAUGGUGGACUACACGACAGCUAACUAUGACAGGGAACAACAGCAGGAUCAAGGCCAGCGGAGACCAGACGACCAAGGCUGGAGGGAGAUCCACGCCGCCGUGGCUCUGACCAACUUGGCCCAGGGGCAGAGCCAUACUGAGGAUAAGAGCAGUGUUAUGGUGCCACUCACUGCCAAAGGGCAGAGCUGCACCCAGGAGCCCUACUCCACAGUGAGAACCACCGUCAUAGACAGGAUGCAGGUUACAGCUCCUGACUGUGCUCUGAGGCAGAGCUGCACCACAGGGCCCACUCUCACUAGUCGCAUCAUCCAGAAGUCUUCUCAUAUCUCAGAAGUCCAGACUGUUAAAGUAGCCCUGGCAAACAGUGUCUAAGCAUUAAAGGGAUAGUUCAGUUUUUUUGUGUUUUUGUGCUUGGACUGUAACCAGGUGCGAGGUCAAGACUGACUUUAAUGUUUGUGACGUCAGCACACAGCCAUCACCAGGAACCAGCCUGAUUUAGCCAUUUAACAAAAACCUGAUCAAAUCUGCAUCGCUUGAGUCUACAAUAUCGUACAUGUUCUUUAUGAUUAUGAGUUGUGUUUAUCUCACCAUUAGACAGACUUGUGUGGCUGGAAACUCUCCCGCCAAAGUCCACAUAGAGGAAAUCCGCAUGGUCUCCUGCUACCUCAUUCGGUUAAUUUGCCCGAGUGUCAUCAUCGUGUUGGAGUCAAAGACGGCAAAGUACAAGUUGACUAUGUGUCCUGUGUGUCUAUCUCAUAAAGCCACACUUAAAAAAAGAAAGAAAAAGAAAGAAGCUGAACUAUCAUUUUAAACAUGAAGAGUGGUCUAUGGACAUUGACCAGUAUAGGAAAACCAGAUGCUGCAGUGCUUUGUAAUAUAUGUACAGCCCCUGUUAUUUUACUAUGCUAAUAAACCUAAGACUCUUUCAAAACUUUUUUACUUUGUAAAAUAGUAAAAACUAACACAGCUGAAUAUUUUGUUGCUGCUUUCCUAAUGUCCUCCUAUUGCUCCCUGUGGCCGUAAGUUAUAUUAACUUCAUUGAGACUGGAUUACCAUCCAAUGCUAAAGUUUGACAGCAGCUAUUUGAAUAAACACAAUGUGAAAUCCUUUGACCAGUUGUUCACUCUAAAUCAUUACUUUGCAGCUGCUGAAGCUGCACUUAUGUUUCACUGAACCGUGUUUAGUGGUUGAUUUCAUGUGAUUCGUGUGAACUGUGGCUCUCACCAUUUCAUUCUAUCUUAACAAAUUGCUUUAUUCAUUUAUUUCUUUUUUUAUUGAAAUGUUGUAAUGUGGAAUGAAAGGUGGCAUGCUGAACUGAGUAGCGCUGUUGUUCUAAUGCAGGGAGCAUGAGGCUAAAAACUAACUGUGAACAUGUGUCUUGAUACAAAGUUGAGCAGCUGUGAUCAAUAUUUUAAAAUGAAUAAUAGAUCAAUUUACAGUGUUCAAAAUGAAAGAAAUCCCCCCCUUGUGAUAAAGCCAAAGCACAAGUGAAUAAUUGCAUUCAAAAUCGAGGUUGUUUGUUUUUUGUAGCCUUGGAAUAAGCCUUUUAUUAUGUUCUUUAGACAAGGGCCUUUCUUUGUGGAGGUUGCCAUUUUGCAUGAACGGACAAACCAGCCAGAGCAUGUGUUUUGCGUUUUAAAGUGGGAGCUUCAUAAGCUACACAAAAACAUAAACCCAAUAUACAAACCAACAAAGAAGAAAUGGGGCGUUGGCAGAGAGAAUGGUGGA